AGCCCCCCACAAGUCCCAAAUCCAUACCAACUUUAUAACAAAGGGAGCUCUUCUGCAGCUACAAUCUCCCCACAGCUGUUUCAUUAUGUCUAUUAAAGCAUCUUAGAUGAUGUUUCAGAAAAGCUGAAACAGAACCCAAAAACUCAACAUUUGUUUAGCUUCGAUUCAGUUUGACCAUUUUUACAUCUCAUUUUCAAUGGCUAAACCCAAAAACCAAACAAAAUCUACCAACCAUAUCCACCAAAACCAAAACCAGCAGCCCUUAAAAUCUGAGAAACCGCCCACUUGGUCAGUUGUAAGAGGCCUAUUGACCUGUAAAGAUCUCCAAACACAGCAAAAGCAUCAUCAACAAUUGCAACAACAAAAGCAGCAACAAAAGCGGCAACAGCAGCAGCGAGAGCAUCGACAGCAGCAACAAGAGCAAGCCCUGGAGGUGACUGUCAAUGCCAAGAAAUGCAAGAAAAUGAAGUGCUCUGGUUCGCUCUGUAGCAACACAAAGGUCAUGCACAGACCUGAAACCGGAUCCCCAGAAGUCCGCAAGAAAAGGUCCCCCACAAUGGGUUCGAGUAGAAAUGAUGCUUCCACCAGAUCCCUGAAACCUCCUCUGCAUGAAGUCAAUGGGGUUGUUUCCUCUACCACUUCUUCGUUCUCUGCAUCUUCUAAUUCAUCCAUUGGUGGGUCUUUUAGAGGAAUGCCUUUCAGUAGAUUCUCUGGCUGCUAUGAGUGUAGAAUGGUGGUAGAUCCUGUACUUGGUUUCACCAGAGACCCUUCUCUCAGGGGUAGCAUCUAUUCUUGCCCUGACUGUGGUGAGAUCUUCAUGAAAGCUGAAAAUCUGGAGCUUCAUCAAGCUGUCAGGCACGCAGUAUCUGAACUGGAUCCUGAAGACACAAGCAAGAACAUAGUGGAAAUCAUUUUCCAGUCAAGCUGGCAGAACAAACAAACUCCCAUCUGCAAAAUUGACCGCAUCCUGAAAGUCCACAACCCCCAGAGAACCAUCUCGAGAUUCGAGGAUUAUAGAGACUCCAUUAAAGCUAAGGCCACCAAACUCCCCAAGAAACACCCACGCUGCAUAGCAGACGGCAAUGAGCUCCUCAGGUUCCACUGCACCACCUUUGUCUGCUCACUGGGGCUGAACGGCUCCUCCAAUCUCUGCAAUUCAAUCCCACAAUGCAAUGUAUGCAGCAUCAUAAAGAAUGGCUUCAAGGUUUCCGGAGAACCAGCCGGAGGAGCUGUUGAGAAUGGGAUCCUGACAACUGCGACGAGUGGGAAGGCGCAUGACAAAGCCGGAGCGCUGGUGGAGGAUAGGAAUGACAAAAAGGCGAUGCUGGUUUGCCGGGUGAUUGCGGGCAGGGUGAAGAAGAACAUGGAGGGGAGUGAGGAGGAGUAUGACUCUGUCGCGGGGGCUGUGGGGCACUAUUCCAAUCUGGAAGAGUUGUAUGUGUCUAAUCCCAAGGCUAUUUUGCCUUGUUUUGUUGUCAUCUACAGAGAGGUUUUAGUGUAAUCUGAUAAAAACACUGUUGUUUUCAUGCUUUCUCAAUAUCUGAGAAUCUUUGUCUUGAUUUUAGUCUGCCGUUUUACUUGGAAAGACAUCUCGUAACCGUUGUAUCUACUUCACUCCAAAUGGAUAACAUCCAUUUAGUG